UCACUCUCUAUUUCACUCUUCACUUCUCACUUCAAACUGCGAAAAUAUCGAAGAUGGUUUCCCAAUCUUUACCUGUGGUAUCAAAGUGCGCAGUUUUCCCUGAUCAAGAAUCCACCUUAGGAGAGCUGAAGCUCUCUGUUUCUGAUCUCCCCAUGCUCUCCUGCCACUACAUUCAGAAAGGAAUUUUGUUCACCAAUCCACCAUUUCCGAUUUCUCAACUUUUUUCUUUGCUCAAACGCAGCCUCUCUCAGACCCUGGCCUAUUUCCCGCCGCUCGCCGGCCGCCUAGUCAGUGACGCUGACGGCUAUAUUUAUAUUUCCUGCAAUGACGCUGGCGUUGAUUUCAUUCACGCUGAUGGAUCCCACAUCCAUGUCGCUGAUAUGCUGGGGCCGGCUGAUGGCGAUGUGCCGGGAGCGGUGAGGGGCUGCUUCGCAUUUGACGAAACGGUGAGUUAUGAAGGGCAUUUCAGGCCUAUUCUUGCCGUUCAGGUGACGGAACUGGCUGAUGGUGUCUUUAUUGGCUGCUCCGUCAACCACGCCGUCGUGGACGGGACUUCGUUCUGGAACUUUUUCAAUACUUUUGCGGAGUUGAGCAGAGGGGUGAAGUGGAUUUCGCGCACCCCGGAUUUCAGCCGUGAUUCUGUUCUGAUUUCUCCGGCGGUGCUCAAACUCCCGGAUGGUGGCCCACAGGUUACAUUCUCCGGCGACGCUCCGAUAAGAGAGAGGAUUUUCAAGUUCAGCAGAGAAUCAAUUCUGAAGCUGAAAGCCAAAGUUAAUGAUAGUAGUUUGGAAGAUGACGACGGGAUUGACGUCGCUGAGCUAAUGGGCAAGCACAGCAACGACACGUUGAAAUUUCCCGACAGCAAAUUAACGGCGUUAACCUGGCUGAGAAACGCCGUUUGCGGGGAAACGAAACAUAGAAAUCCAACGGUCGAGAUAUCAUCCUUCCAAUCACUGUGCGCGCUGCUCUGGCGCGGCAUAACCCGCGCGAGAAAGCUGCCACCCUCGAAAACGACGACGUUCAGAAUGGCUGUGAACUGCCGCCACAGGCUGGGGCCGAAACUUGAGCCGCUGUACUUCGGAAAUGCAAUACAGAGCAUUCCGACCUACGCAUUGGCUGGUGACGUGUUGUCUAAGGAUCUGCGGUGGUGCGCAGCGCAGCUGAACAAAAACGUGAUGGCCCACGAUAACGCUAUUGUGAGGAAGUACGUAGAAGAUUGGGAGAGGAACCCGCAAUGCUUCCCGCUGGGAAAUUUCGACGGCGCGAUGGUGACGAUGGGCAGCUCCCCAAGGUUCCCAAUGUACGACAACGAUUUCGGGUGGGGCCGACCCGUUGCGGUUCGGAGCGGGCGGGCUAAUAAAUUCGACGGCAAGAUCUCUGCGUUUCCUGGGAGAGAAGGGGGAGGAUCCGUUGAUCUGGAGGUGAUUUUGGCGCCUGAAACAAUGGCGGGUCUGGAGUCCGACCCAGAGUUCAUGCAAUAUGUCUCCAUUUAUUAACCAACAAGUAUACUAUUGUUAUAUUUAUAAAUAUAUGAAGUGGAGGUAAAUGAAGAGGAUUUUCCCCUGUUACUUGGUGUAUGAAGGUCUUCUGAUCAUAUUCCUACAAUUCCAAUCUACGGCCUGAGUAUUUCUUGGGGUUCAGUUACUUGGUUCAAGUGAUCUAAUCAUAUGAUGAUCAAAGUUUAAUGUAAUAGUUGGGGUUGUAUUUGUUGCUUCAGCUAUAGUACAACUAGUUUCAGAUGUUGUACCUUGAUUUCUUUGCUUUUUUUUUUUUUUUAUUUGGUGAUUGG